AUGGCCGCCACUGACGCCGACAUGGACGAACGCGCCCUACUCCUCCCGGCCAAGAACCAAGACCCAGAAAGGGAUCAAGAGGGUGUCUUCAGCCUCUGGCACGACCUCGCCGGGCUCACGAGGCAGUCACUGCCCAUCUGCCUCUCGUUCGCCCUCCAGAAUGCGGUGCAGGCCAUCAGCGUCCUGACUGCCGGGAGUCUGGGCUCCUUUGAACUGGAGGUGGCCUCGUACGGCUUCAUGUUUCUGUCGUGCACCGGCACCAUGGUGGCCAUUGGCGGCGCCACCGCCCUGGACACCUUGUGUGGUCAGGCAUUCUCGUCGCACACCAUGGCCGACAAUCCCCAGAUCCUGGGCCGGUUGUUGCAGCAAUGCCUGCUCGUGUUGCUCGGCAUCUACGCCCUUGUGAUCGCGCCCAUUUGGGUCGUGUCGGGCCACAUCUUCAUUGCUCUCGGUCAAGAACGAGGAUUCGCCCUCGCCACCGGCAGGUUUAUGCUCUUGAUGCUUCCCGCCGGUGUGCUGCAGGUCGUCUCCGAGUGCCUCAAGAAGUUCUUGCAGGUCCAGGGCGCAAGCAACCCGGUGGGAUGGGCUACGGCGGCCGCCAGUCUGGCGGGGGUUCUCAUCAACUUUGCUCUCGUACACUGGACCAGUCUGAAACUCUGGGGCGUCCCCUGUGCCUUUGGCAUCUAUCAGCUCCUCACCGUGGUUGCGUUGCUUUGCGUCGUCUUUGCCAUGCCUGCAAUCCGGAAGACCUGGCACUGGUCGACAACAGGCAUGUGGCACGGCCUACCACGCCUACUGUUCUACGCUGUCACUGGCAUCUUCACGAUUGCGACCGAGUGGUGGAGCUUCGAGAUCCUCGCCAUGAUGGCUGCACGACUGGACCGAGACUCUAUCGGCGCUCAAAGCAUUCUGAUGUCCUCGGACCUCCUUUUCACCACCGUCUCCCUCGGCAUUAGCGUGGCCGCGAGCCAUCGGAUUGCCGGCUUCCUCGGUGCUGAUCAGAGUCAGCUGGCCAAAAGGGCCGCUCGAACUCCUUAUCUGCUGUCUUUGAUCAUUGGAGCCGUGGAAUUUGCCGGCAUCAUGCUUGUGCGCAACGACUACGGACGGCUGUUUACCAGCGAUCGAUCCGUCAUCCGCCGGACUGCCCAAGUGCUUCCUCUGAUGGCAGGAUUUCAAGUUCUGGACCUGUCGAAUGGUGGCGCUGGAGGGAUUCUGCGAGGGGCCGGCAAAAACCAUCUGUCGGGUGCUUGCAAUUUUCUCGCCUAUUAUGGUGUGGGCCUGACCUCUGCAUGGUUUCUGUGCUUUCAGAAAGGCUAUGGCCUGUUCGGCUUGUGGGCCGGUAUCAUCAGUGGCAGCGGGGUGCUGCUCAUCCUGCAAUCAUGCUGCAUUUUGAGUAUUUCCUGGAAGAGGUUGGGGGAGGCUAUAACGACAUCUCAUGCUGCAUAG